AUGGCCGCCCUCACCGCAGACCAGAUCGCCAUCAUCAAGUCCACCGUGCCCAUCAUCCGCGACUACGGCACCACCGUCACGACCACCUUCUACGCAAACAUGCUCGCCGCCCACCCCGAGCUCAAGAACUAUUUCUCCCUCCGCAACCAGCAGACGGGCGCCCAGCAGGCCGCCCUCGCCAACUCGGUCCUCGCCGCCGCCACCUACAUCGACAACCUGGGCGUCAUCGCCGGCGCCGUCGAGCGCAUUGCCCAGAAGCACGCCUCGCUCUUCAUCCUCCCCGAGCACUACCCCAUCGUUGGCAAGUACCUCAUCGGCGCCUUUGAGCAGAUCCUCGGCGACGCCUUCACCCCGGAGAUCAAGGAGGCCUGGGUCAUCGCCUACGGCCUGCUGGCCGACAUCUUCGUCCAGCGCGAGAAGCAGCUCUACGCCGAGGCCGGCUGGCAGGGCUGGCGCGACUUUGUCAUCGCCCGCCGCGAGGACGAGGCCGAGGGCGUCGUCAGCUUCUACCUGCGGCCCGCCGACGGCGCCGCCCUGCCCCCGUUCCUCCCCGGCCAGUACGUCAGCCUACAGAUCCCCAUCCCCGAGCUCAACGGCCUCUUCCAGAGCCGCCAGUUCAGCCUCAGCCUCGCGCCGCACAACAGCACCGAGCAGUUCCGCAUCACCGUCAAGAAGGACAAGAGGCACGCGGGCGCCUACACCACCGAGGACCUCGCCGCCGGCAAGAUCGCCGGCCUCGUCUCCCAGCGCCUGCACGACCAGUUCCAGGUCGGCGACAAGGUCCAGCUCAGCCCUCCCCACGGCGAGUUCACCUUCAGCGCCGCCGCCGUGCUCCCCACCGCCCCCGUCGUGCUGCUCUCCGCCGGCGUCGGCGUCACCCCCCUCCUGUCCAUCCUCGACACCAUCCUGUCCAGCGAGUCGGAGGCUUCCCGCCCCGUGAUCUGGAUCCACGGCGCGCGUCACUCCGGCGCCGUCACGUACGGCAAGUACAUCCGCGAGGCCGACGCCAAGCACAGCAACCUGUCGACCAAGAUCUUCCUCAACAACGUCAGCGAGUCCGACGUCAAGGGCCAGCAGUACGACUACGCCGGCCGCGUCAACCUGGACACGCUCGAGGCCGACGGCGUGCUGCCGCUCAAGGAUGCGUCUGCCGAGUAUUACAUCUGCGGCCCCGAAGAGUGGAUGGUCCAGGUGCGCGCUGGGCUGCUGAACAAGGGCGUCAGCCUCGACAGGCAGCACCUGGAGCUCUUCCACACUGGCACCAUCUAA